AUGAAUGCACCUAUUAUACAAGUAGUGAACAGUCACUUAGCCAAGUUAUACAGCCCCACAAAAGAGCCUGCGGUCGUUUUCUUCAGACAUGGUGUUCCCUUACUUUAUAAUGGUGAACCAGACGAAAAUGAUAUAUAUGGCUUCUUUGAAAAGAAUCAGUCUCCGGCGGUAAAAGAAUUAACUGAUAAAAUAUUUGAACACAUGACACAGGCGGCUACAGGAUCCACAACGGGAGACUGGUUUGUUAUGUUUUAUGGUGCUUCUUGUGUUGAAUGUCAACGACUGCAUGCAGUGUGGGAAGGAGUGGGGGCUACAGUUCGUGGCAGAAUUAAUGUAGCAAGGGUUGAUGCAAACCUGGCCGGUGCAGACACUGCUAAACGUUUUAAGGUCAAAAAACUACCAACAUUCCUCUUCUUCCGUCUUGGAAAAGUUUAUCGUUAUGAUUUACCGAAACAUGAUAUUAAAUCAUUUGUGUCAUUUGCGCAAGACUGGUACAAGAACUCCAAAGGGGAACCAGUGCCGCUACUUUCAUCUCCAUUUGAUGAGUUGGUUGAUUGGUGUGUGGAUAUGAUAAGAUAUUCAAUUUCAUUUGGUCUGGAAGUACUUAAAGAACAUCCUUGGAUAUGGCAAAUAGGUAUCGCAGGAUUCGGACUUGUGCUAAUCACUGCUCUCAUAGCCAUAAUAAAAGCUGGAAAAUCAAAACCCAAGACAAUCAAGAAAGAAAAGAAAAGCAAAUAG